AAAAACUAAAUGUGGGAAUAAACUCGAUCGCGAACCAUGUGGGACAGAAUAAUGGAAAUAUUUUGUAAGUUUAGCCCUGAGUCCACGACGCUGCCUGCUUCGAAACCAUCGGCGAGCGGGUUAACUGUAUUUUGUUUUUACAUAUUUGGAACACUUUCUUUCUUCAACCAAGAGCUGCUGUACACGGCAUCGGAGGACAUUCUAAGCGGUAGAGAUCUUCCAACUGCUACAGUUCUUGUGUGCUUUGUGGUGCCAUUGUUGACUGUGAAAGUUCUUGCGCCGUGGUUUAUACAAAGAAUUCCCUAUGCUGUUAAGGUGUCUUUUAUCGCUCUGACCAUGGCUCUUGGACUAGCAGUCAUCGCGUUCGUCGAAGAAAUAGCUUUAAAGUUAGUGGGAAUUGUUUUGAACGCCUUGGCUUCAGGGACAGCGGAAGUAACAUUUUUGGGUCUAACUUCGUUCUACCCGCAAAUCUGUAUCAGUUCUUGGGUUGCUGGAACAGGGAUGGCUUCGCUCGUUUCGCCUCUUUAUUAUACAGGUAAAAAAAACCUCUGUUGUUUAUAAUUUAGCCGUUUCAGUUUCGUAGGCAAAUGUUUUUAGAACUCACUCGUAUUUUAGUGAACUGGCCACACGGAAAAGCACAGCUUUCUAGUCAGCUUCCUUUUGAAGAGUAUUUUAUUCAGUAAUAACUGACUCGAUGGUCCUUUUCAAUCAACUUUUCAAGCGUUACUCAUUCUAUAGCGAAGGACGUAGGGAAACUUGUUCGUUGAGUAUACGAAUCAAGACUUUACACUCUUUUAUAAUGGACCCAGCAAUACUCUCCUUCAUUAUACUUAACUGUAAAUGGUCACUUUGUUUGCUAUUCAGAGACAAUAAUUAUUCGAUCGGAGAGUAAUUUUCAAUGUUUUAUUUAUAAGUGGUAUGUUUUUUUGUGUGCUUUUUCAGUUUCUUGUUCUCGAAAAUUUAGGAUUUUCUUGUAUUUUUUCCCCCAAAUUUUAAUCGGAAGCACCUGCUAGGAAAACCCACGUUUGCGAGAAUAUUUUCCGGGUACGAUUGUCUGACCAUAAAUUAUUGUAUUUAAAUUUAAGUUAUGCCUGGAGGGAAGGGAAAAUUCGGCCCAUACGGUUGACUAAAAAUUAUUUUAUUUAAAAUGGUCUUAAGAUCGCAAGCCUGAGAGAGAAGUUAUUUUGACGGAAACAAAAUCAGCUUGAAUUGCACUUUAAAUUCAAAAAAUUUAUGUUACAAUGUAUUUUAUCGACCUAGAAAACUAGUUCGCUAAUUGGUGAAGAUGAGUUUGUUUUAUUUUUUUCAAAUUAAAAUUUUAAGAAAUUAAACCGGCCAGCAAAACUUUUUCUCUUGGCCCGACGUGGGCUGUGAGUUGCUCACCACCCUUGUAUGUUUAUAAUAUAUAAGAUAAAUAUUUUUUUUCUUUAAUCGCCUCUUAGUGGUUGCAUUUUUGAAUGUCUUUUUACAGGCGUUGUCAUCUGUGCCUUUCACAUAACACUUCUUUGUCAAAAACAAUUGCUCUAUUUUCCGUCAUUUUCCCGUUUGAAGUCAUUGCCCCUAUUAUAUUGCUUUAAUCAAUUUUUAUUUUUUGUUGGACUGUUGUGAGUAGUAAAAUGCGUGUAGAAAUAUAUGCUUUUAAUAUUGUCUAACUGCGUGAGGUCAAGGAGGUUGGAUAUAGACCAAAUUUUUCUCAUGCGUUUCAAGGGACCGAACCGAAGUUGAGGUCAAUAAAAUGGCAUUUAAACUGAAAGAAUUUGAGGCCGAUAUCCAGCUAUCGUGACCACCGAACAAGCUUUGUCAAUAGAGGAUUUAUUACAUGGGAAAGAUCUUUUUUCUUGUGGGAGCAAAGCGGAAAAUUCCGAGCUGGCAAGAAAGGCUCAUGUUAGGAGUAGUAAGGGCAGUCUCUAGUCUCCCUCGCUUUACUCAUGUUUUAGAUUUAGGACACGAAACAAAAGUUCCUGCAUUGAAUAGAGUGACGUGUAGCGUUGGCAUCGGUUCGUCCCAUACAAGGGAAUCCAGGAAAGUUUUGCCUGUGGAAUCCGGAAUACGGCUCAUGGAAUAAGGAAUCUUAUUAUUCCACUAUUAUGUAAUUUUACCGUAUAAGGUCAAAAGAACAACCUAAACACGAGGCCGUAAUACACUGUAGUGUCCUGGUUUAACCGUUUUACAACAGGGCGAAUACCGGUGGAUACAAAAGGAGCAACUAUGGCUGGCAGAAUCAGGAUGUUUUGGAUACUCUUACUAGAAAAUAGAAGCCAAAAUAACAUUUUUUCUUUUGCAGUAAAAUCAUGAAUUAACCUCUCAUUCAAUGGUUUGGCAUAUAAUACGCGCGAAUAUAUUGCUAAUUGUUAACGUCAUUCUUACAGACGGAAUCAGGAUGUUUCUGAAUACUCUUACCUAAAAAUAGAAGCCAAUUGCCGAACAACUCGCAAAAUAUCCGCACGUAUUAUACCCUAAACCAUCGAAUAAGGUGUAUCUAUUAACGAUUUGAAUCCAGAAUCCAAGUUCCACUGAAGCCUGGAACGGCAGAACCAUGAGACUGUCCUGGAUUCCCCUACAAAGAGCAACUGCAUAUAAUUAACAAUUAGUAAAAUCCAACUAGUGCCCUAUUAUCAAUGCUGCGUCUAUUAUCAAUGCUACUACUAGGCUAUAUGUUAUAGCCCACUAGUAGCGAAAAGCGCCGACUUUGAAAACCAAAACAAUGGCGGCUGAGUCGAGUUUUGCUAGCUAAAGUUGUUUUGUCUCGAUAUUUUUGACCAACUAGUUGGAUUUUACUAAAACAAUUAUUCCUCUCGCCCUAAUGGCCUCUGAGUCAAUAGCCCAUGAGGCCGCAGGCCUCAUGGGCUAUUGACUCAGAGCCCAUUCGGGCGAGAGGAAUAAUUGUUAAAUUGUACCAUGAUGGCUAAGCCAACCAGAGCUGUAGAAUUACAUUAUGCAAUGACUCAGUGUUUAAUAAUAAAAAUUAUCGUCUUGAUUAUUAUUAUUUUAUUUUAUUUUUCUGUUUUUGUUAUUUGCAUUUUGAAAAUGGUUACUAUUGUCAUAUAAGUUAGUCAGUUUUAGUUAAGUUAGUUUGUCGUUUCUGACAAAGUUGAGAGAAAUAAAAGUCCGAUCAAACUCGUUAUUUUUACUUGCUUUCAGCUGUGACAACAUGGACUUGCGUCUCACCCAAAGUAGCAAUCAUGAUAACAGUUCCUUUUCCCUUCCUGCUGAUGAUGUUUUACGCCGUUUUGGACAAGUCCAACGUCUUGAGUAUCUCGCGCAGGCCUCAAGAACGAGUUGAAGUCGAAUACACAGCCGUAGGGACCUCUGAUAGCGCCGAGAAGCCAGCGUCGAUUCCUGAAAGACUUUCAUUUGGUGGGAACCUCCGUAUUGGUGUCAAAAUUCUACCGUUCAUCGUUCCUUUAGCCUUCAGCUUCUUCGCGGAGUAUAUGUCAAAUUCUGCCGUUGUUACUACCAUAGCCUUUCCUAAGUCGGGCGUAAUGCCCCGAGAUCACUAUCUCUAUUACGCCUUGGCAUACAGACUCGGCAAGUUCGUUGGCAGAGGCUAUCUGUUCAUCUUUGCUUGUUUGCCGGACGAGGCCAUAGAGUUCUUGAAGUGCGAUAAGACCUGGAUAUUUGCAGGUGAGACUCAAAAUAUUUUUUUACAUUGAUGCUCUCCGGGAAACGUUUCUCAAGGUGACCAAUAUUUAAAACUAAACUUCUAAAUGGCACUGAAACCAGCUUUAGGCGCGCACUGAUUUCAAAUAACUGUCACUUGUGUUAAACAAAGAAUUGUGGGUAAGGAAAAAAUAGGGAAGGGGGGGAGGGUAAGAUAGUAAUUCUGCCUACGUCCACUUCUACACAAAUCCCUCACCAAAAAACAAGCAAACAACACAGUAAAUAAGCUAUUAGACAGGGGAAGUUGAGAAAAAUACAAAAUGUUUGCUAACCCGGUUUUUAUAACUCCAGGUAUGCAAAUCAAAACUCUAAUGAAACUGCACACUGCGCUAUAUUGGUUCGUUGUUGAGAGAUCUUGGUUUUUUUUGGUCUAAAAGAUUGGGCAUAAAGUUUAGCAGAUAUAAAGACACCCUUUAAACAUUUUCUCUUUUGUCUUUUCUUUGUGAAUUAGUAAUGCGUUAGUAAAGCUCUCGAAAACGUCCACCCUCUUCUGUUUUGCCCUGCGGAGCGCCUUGCGCUACUAUUGAACAAACAGACAUCAUCUGGGCCUGAUUUUUAACAUAAUAUGUCUACCGCCAUGCUACUAAAGUACGUAAUUAGUAAAUAGUUUACUCGUGAAAAGGUGCAUUAUAGGAGAUGUGCAAGUGGCGUAUCAGAACAAAAAAGGUUUUUGUUUUUUCGAGCAACUUUUGAGCAACUUUCGUUACAAAAAGCAAAUUUUGAUGGUUUUUUGAGCAACUUUUGGGCAAAUUUUUCGAGAAAUUACGGGAAACGUUUUGGAAAAUCUCGAGGAACAUGCGGAAAGCCCCACUGAUGGUGCCAUAUGAUUACUCACGAUUAUUCUUUGUUUGUUGCAGUGCUCAACAAUGCCCUUCUCAUCUUCUUUGUGUUCGAGUCUUGGUACCAUUUUCUCCCGUAUAUUUGGAUCAUGAUCGCUCUCUGCUCCAUCCUGGGUAUCGUUGCUGGGAUGAUUGUCUUACAUUCGCCCCAUGCCGUCGCGCGGCGUGUUUUGCCGGAGGAAAAAGAGUUUGCAUUGGGACUAUUAACGGUUGGUAAUGCUGUGGGAGCAUUUGUGGCCGGAUUCGCUGGUCUGGCUGUGGAGCCAUUCCUGACGGCGGAAUGUAAACAACAUUUCCCUGCCACAUCAGGCUACUGCUUUACAAGGGUGUCAACCACAUCGGGAUGGGAUACCAAUAUUCACUGCUCUUAAGGAAUUUUGAAGACGUUGUGAUGAAAAUUAACCACGAAAAAUAUAUUUGCUACGCAUAAUUUCUGUUUUUGUCACAACAAACAAAAAUUUACGAAAUGGCUUUCAGUUCAUGCAUGUGUUUAGUUCAGCAUCAGCGCUGCACUGUACACUGAUCUGCCUUUAGACUUUGACCACCAAUUAGUUUUUAAUUAUAGGCACGAUCAAAGUUUGCCUGAGGGUAAUUGGAAGAGCCAAUUCAUCCUUUUCGGGUCAACUUUUAGGUUCGACUUCUUCCGCCCUCCCGAGCGCGGACUCCGAUUUCCCGAAAAGCGACUGGUAAGAAGGUCGAAAAGUUAUAUGUUAUAGAAUAUUAAAUCUAAAAGCUGCAAGAAUAGUGUAAAACGUUUAUUCACCGUGAAAAUAGUACUCUAACUACUGUUUACAGGCACUGACUUGAAUAAUGUUAUGUCAAUAAGUCUAUAAUGCUAUUCUAAUAUCGCCGAUAAAAAAAUCCCACUCGAAAGUAAGAAUCAGUUGUUGAAUGAGCGAGGAGACAGCCUGACCGAAAUGUUAUAACAAUGGACUUGAAAUAUAUCGGGGGUUAAGUAAACCCUAGCUCUGUGACAUGAUAUUAAAUAAUUAUUGGAUAAGGUUUUUGUGAUAUCCGGAAUAAUCAAGGUCGAAGUAAGUGUUAUCAGCCGAGCCGAGGUCCCAGGCAGAUAACACUUACCGAGACUUAACUGAUUAUUUAGGAUAUCACAAAAACCAAAUCUAAUAAUUGUUUUAUUAUACAUUAUUUUGAAGAAAAUCAAGACAAACACACCGUCGCAAGGAACCUGAAUUGAUAUUGUGAUUGGAAAUCAUGCAUUGCACGCGC